AUGGCAAAAAUGCAAUCAUUACAAUACUAUCGGAAUUUGACUGAAAUUCCAGUAAACAUUUCACCUGAGACAACUCAGCUAUAUCUGGAGCGAAACCAAAUCACUAAAAUUGAUCCGAAUCGAAUAUCCCAUCUGAAGAAAUUGCACACCUUAGUUCUAAGUUAUAACAAGCUGAGAGAAUUACCUCCACGUAUGUUUCAGAAAUUAACGAAUCUAAAAACAAUUGUAUUAAGUUACAAUAAUCUACAAUGCAUUCAUCCAGAAGCUUUCCAUGGUUUAUCUAACCUUCGUGUUCUGAUACUUCAAGGAAAUAAUAUCUCCAGUAUACCAUAUGGUGCACUCAAUGAGCUUGGUCACCUAAAUAAUGUGUAA